AUGGGAAUUUGUACUAAUAAGCAAUAUGCUUAAGCCAGUGAACCUCCUCAGAAUCACAGACAGAAUCGAUUAUAUUUAAACUAUCAACAAUUGGCAAAUAUCAAUCACCCUCUGAAUGUGAAUCACAAAUACAACAACUACUUCCAUAUCAUACCAGAUACGACGGUAGGGAAGGGUAUUAAAAUGACCAACCAAUAUACAAGUCGUCUUAGCAGAGAGGAGUGGCUGGAGAAGAGGAAGGAAUUUUGGGGUAGGACUUUAUAAGUUAUUUAAAGAAUCGAGGGUUGAGGGAGAGAGAGUUUAUUGGCAAUCAAUCCAAAAAGCAAUUGAAGAACAGGAUGAAGGUAUUGUCAUCAAUAUGUAGCUAAUGCUUAAGCUAUUCUCAACGCAUGUGAUCUCAAAUUGGUUAAUAAUUCCAUUCAGCUACUGUAUGACACCUCCAUGCAUAAAUAUGAUGUCCCAGUCUUUAUGAUCAAUGAACCUCAAUCAUUCCCCUCCACCAAGUUUUGUGAUGCUGGUUUGAUUCAGGAUUUUCAAGAAACGGAAUUAAAAGUAUAUAUUUCUUAAGGAUAAUCUAUUACCAGAUCAAAGUGAGAUCUAACAAACUACCAUAGGAUUUCGAGAUUGUUACCCACACCAACCAAAGCGUCGCCGACUUAAAGACGAAGGUUCAGGAGUCAUCUCCAGGGAUUGAUUAGUGCAGACUGUUCUUCAAGGGCAGAGAGAUGAAGAAUCAUCAUCUCAUCGGAAAUUAUUAACUAAAAGAUGGAGAAGUAUAACCCUUUCCUAUUCAUUUAUCUAGAUGGUCCAGGCCUUUAUGUGA